AUUCAGUUUCGUUUCUUCUAAAAUAAAAAAAUCUCUCUCCUCUCACCAUUUUAUGCCUGCUUCCAUUUGGUGAAAGGAGCCGCUUAUUACUGAGAGGAGCUCAUAAAGCAGUGAAAUUACCGCUGAUCUCUCCAAUCUCCGAUCUCAUCUUGACCCCUCUCUUUCUAAGUCGACGGCGCGGAUUCUUUGGUCACCUCUCAUCAGCUCUCAUCGGCGACGGUCCUUCGCCCCAUCCUCGACCACGCACACGGACCACGAUAUUUCAAGAAGUCCAUGGCUACACCUGGGAAUUCCAUGCUCUAUUCUUUUCUUCUGUUUACUGUCAUUCUCUCGCUUCAAGAAAUGUAUAGAGGGAAAUUAGCAUCAACAGAGUUAUAUACCAUUCUGGGGGGUUUUACUAGCUCUCUGCUGUUCCUUUCUUUGCUGACGUUCAUUGGCAAUUUUCAAGAAGCUUGUGGCGUAAAAACUGGGUGGGGUGCUGUAAUUGUAGCUGAAGUCAUUGCUCUUAUUGCUGCUGGCACUGUCCAUCGGGUUUGUAUCACAACAUGCUUCUUGUUUUCAGUUGGAUUACUCUACGAAAUUAACAAGCUUUCAGGGAUGGUGCUUUCCAAAAGUGAAUCCAAAGCAAAAAGGCACUGAGUGGGCUUUUUUUACGAUUUUGUUAGAUAUGUUAUGCGGGGUUGUAUUUGUUGUUUCUAUGUAGACUAAGUUCACUUGAAAAGUUCUAUUUUGAGAUUGAAUCAGAUGGUUGCCAAGCAUGCAACAUGCUUAGAAGAUGAUACUAGAUUAUUAAUUGGUUUAUAGAAAGCAGACAAAGAAUUGACCUAUA